CGGAAGUUGACGCUCGGGCGGCGGUGGAGGUGUUUUCUUCGGGCGAGCCGGUGACUUAGCGUGCGGGGAGGAGGUGCGUCCUUCUUCGGCCGAGAGCCGCGGAAAUGAUCAACUUUUGCCAUGAAUAGAGUUCUGAUAAGGUGGCUGGGCCAGUAUCUGCCAUGGCAUCAGAGCUCUGUAAAACAAUAUCGGAGGCAAAGCUAGAAAGGCACAAGAAUUUAUUCUUGAACUAUCGAAAUCUUCAUCAUUUUCCUUUAGAAUUGCUAAAGGAUGAAGGUCUGCAGUACUUGGAGAGACUAUAUAUGAAAAGAAAUUCCUUGACUACCUUGCCAGAGAACCUUGCCCAGAAGCUUCCAAAUCUUGUGGAACUAUAUCUCCAUUCAAAUAAUAUUGUUAUUGUACCUGAAGCAAUUGGUUCCUUGGUUAAGCUGCAGUUUCUGGACUUAAGUGACAAUGCUCUUGAAAUUGUGUGCCCAGAAAUUGGUCGCUUGCGAUCUCUACGCCACCUUCGAUUAGCUAAUAAUCAGCUAAAAUAUUUACCAGCAGAGCUUGGAGACCUUAAAGAGCUACAGACGCUGGAUAUCUCAUCCAAUCAUUUGAUAACUUUGCCUGAAAAACUGCACAUGUGCCUCUCUCUUCAGUACCUCACUGCUGACCAAAAUCAUCUCUGGCACGUCCCUCGCCAUCUUUGCCAACUUCCCAGUCUCAAUGAGUUGUCCAUGGCUGGAAACCAGCUUGCAUUCCUGCCACUUGAUUUAGGUCGUUCCCGGGAACUGCAGUAUGUUUAUGUGGAUAACAACGCUCACCUUAAAGGUCUCCCUUCUUACCUAUAUAACAAAGUCAUUGGUUGUAAUGGCUGUGGUUCUCCUGUUCAGAAAGCAGAGGUGAAGCUUCUCUCCUUUUCAUCAGGACAGUUGACUGUUUUCCUCCCAGCAGAGGUGAAGUUAAUAGGGACAGAACUGGACCAUGUGCUACCCUUGCAGGAGAUGGCCAUGCGGACAUUGUAUAACACAUACUGCCAAUCUCUAAAAGGUUUGAAGUUUAUGACUCCGAUCUCAUUACCCAGAAGCCUCUUGGAUUUGCUACACUGCCCUCUGGGACAUUGCCAUCGUUGCAGUCAGCCCAUGUUUACUAUUGUCUAUCCAAAGCUCUUCCCCUUGAGAGAGACACCAAUGGCUGGAUUACAUCAGGGGAGAACAACUGUUAGUUUUGUGGCAUAUUGCUGCUCCACCCAGUGUCUGCAGACCUUUGACCUAUUGAGCUGAUAAAUACUUAAAGCUAUCCAGGAGCGGUGCCAGCUUAAAGCAGCAUUAGACUGUGGCUCCUGACCAUACUAGAACUUGUAAGUGUAUGUGCCAAAGCAGCAGGCGUCAUGCCCAGCUGGGAACACCGAGAACCACUUGAAGCCUGCGCCUCUAUCGAAUGUGGAUGAAAGGCAGAAACCCUUUUGGAAGUGCUGUGAUUCUCCGGCAUUAGAAAAUGUUUAACGCCUUCCUGUUCCUCCCCAGGCAGAACGCAAAGCAGGCAAACAUGGAAGCGAAGAGCUUGCUGGACCCUCUUGGAACUUGUACACGUGAUUCAAGUUGCAUUUCAUACACAACUUCACUUGGGCGGCUUGGGCAAUAUCAGUUGGCAUGGGUUUUUUAAUGAUACCUUUGCAGUCCUUGUAACUUUUUCAAUUACUUCCCUGCUUGAUUUCCUGUUACUGCCCUCUUGAGAAGCAGCCAUUUAAGGUAACAAUUUAUUUAUGCUAGUGAGGUUUUUCCCUACUUUCCAUUAACGAUCCAAUACGUUUUCUUUCUUCCCCAACUGAUGUUUUGAUAGUUACUGAGACUCAAAGAUGUACUCGCGAAACACUUUUAUUCUGAACAUUACUUGAUGCGGUCCGUCUUCCAGUUGGGUAGGCAGAGAGAAUGUUUUAAGUUCUCCUUCAUAUGUGGUUGAGUCCUGAAGAGACCACUGUAGGCAGACACAGAAAGCAAAUUCCUCACUUGUUGGUGACCCUUUACAAAACAUUUUUCACCCUUGAUAUUGAGGAGCUAAUGAGGUUCUAAAAAUGCCAGUAGAUUUAGAAUAAGUAAAAAGUUGUCUCUGGCCUCCCCUUCACAUUUAAACUAUAAACACUUUUGUAUGUUAAUGGUAGUUGUUGUAAGUCUAUGGCCUUUGUGCAUGUUGAACUACAUCACCUUCUGAUCACACUCAUUGCCUUUUGUAGCUGUGCAUGGUGGUAGUUGUAGUCCAGCACAGCAGGAGAAUGCUGCGUUGUAGAAGUAUUGUAUUGUACGCUCUUUGGAGCCCCUGUUUCAAUACUUUAAUUUUGCCAUCAAGUGGUCUAAAAUUGGGGAGGCCACAAAAAGGGUUGAAACAAACUCAUUUUUCCUACACUAUUUCUAAAGAGCUGUGGUAGCAUUUUAAGUUAUGCUCAAGAAAUCUCUUGAUCAAACAUUAAACAUUAAACAUCAAAAAUAAUCAAACGUUCUUUCUGCUCCAAGGAUUGCUUCUUAGAAUCUUUGUGCUUAAACAGCUCAGAAGUCUGCAGGAAUCACAGAAUGUGGGCAUUAAGUUGCCAUUUAAUUUUUGAAAGAAAAAAAGGAGGAAAGCCUCAACUCUUCUUAAAUGGUUUACAGAUAUUUUUCAGAAUAUUGGUUGCUCGCAUCAUUAUUAGUGGCAGUUGCUUGCAAGUUUGACAUACUGAAUUCUCUUCUUGUUAACAGCUAGUAAUCUGAAAAGUUCAAAUAUUUUUUGAAGUGGCAUGGUGGAGAAGAUUAGGAUCCCUACCAGGUGCAUGGCAAGGGGUAAUGAGAGAACAUGCACAUCUUUGAUGCCAGAAAGAAAUGGACCCCCUCCCUUUAUGAUUUCAUCCUCCUGUAUGCUCUUCUUAAAGAACAAUUCCAUGGAAUUCAGGUUAAAAAGUGUAUAUUUUGAACUAUUAGUUGGUAGGAUUCUGAAUAGUACAGCUACAGAGUCUUUGAGAGGGGGCCAUGUAAAGCAGUACCUAAACAUAAUAGCUAAAGGGAUACAUGGAAUUCUUUCACCUGAACUUUCUACAGUACAUUAAAAAUGCAAGUAUCUUCCUGCCCUUUGAAAUGGGUACCAUUCAAAAUUCAGCCAUCUCAGUCAGUUAAGAGUCAAGCUUCUUGUUCUAGCUGCUCCCAAGGACUGUCUGAGAAUUCUAUAGAUCUCUUCAGAGUUCAUCAAUAUUUCUGCAGACAGGAAAAGCAUAAUAGCAUGAAGCUUGGUUGUCACAUCCUUUGUAACUUUCUGCUCUCCUGGGAAGCGGACAGGUUCUGGGCAAAUCAAAGUAGGAAGGCAAACUUCCUCAAUCCAGGUGCCCUCCAAGGGCAUUUGCUCUGAGAGCAAUUCCUCACAUUUGGAAGGUGCCCAGGUUGGGGGUGUCUGAAAUAAGAAACAACACCUUACAUAAUCCUCCUCCUUUCACCCUUGCCUUUGUUUUGUGUUUUAGCACAGUUGGUGCAUAUACACACUUAUAUCGUUAAUUCUUCACCCGCAGCUUUUGUUGUUCUCCUUUUGGGGAGAAUUAAGGAAAUGGGAGGACUGAGACUGUUGUUCUGCCAUUCCACCCUGGGUCCUCAUAUUACCAAAUGUGCAAUUACCCUGAGUAGCUAUAAUGUUUCAUCCACCUCCUAUUUCAUCAAUCCCUGCAUUCUUAAUUUUAAAGAUAAAAGAGCCCAAAUGUAUAGUUUGGCUGCAAUCACAAUUCUUUCUAAUUACAAUCAUCCCAAAAUAAAACCAAACAGAUGCAUCA